AUUGGAUCCUUAUUCAAUAUAAACAGCCUACAGCCAGACGCCAGACAGCUGCCCUUAAAGCCAUCUACCUACGUUGCCCAUGGAUAUUCCCCUUAUUUUAAGCGUAUUUCGUGCUUACACUUCCUACAUAUUUAUGUACGCAAGGCCUUAGACUUAUCUCGUAAAGACAGGGAAUUAGAGCUCUAGUGCUUAUCAACGAUGAUGACGAGGCAUAUGGACCUAGACAUGGGUUUCGUUCAUACAUACUCCCAGCGGUGUGACCGUUCUACCGGGUUGAAUAUAUUAUAACUCGAUACGCACUCGAUACUGUCAUGUCACUAUGAGUUUCCUACAUAUGUGAUACCUUCGUCUAUGCUUAGGACUUCUUGAAAACAGUCAUGUCGGGCAUAGAACUCAAACCGUCGUUUCCCGCGGGUUUUCCAUCAGCCGCUUCUGAGCCUCCACCUACUCAAGCCAUUAUCAAGGCACUUUCGCUGGUGCCUCAUAUCGAGGGUGGAUAUUUCGUCGAAACCGAUCGUGAUCCUCUUCUCAUACCUUCCCCUUUCCCCCAAACUCCAGCAUCAUCUCUUGUGCCACAGAGACUUGGCUUCGACCCGGCUCACCGCAAUGCCUCGACCUCCAUAUUCUACUACCUGACUCCCCAGUCGCCUCAAGGCAAUUUUCACCGAAACCGGGGCAGGACCGUACAUACCCUACAUCGUGGCCGCGGCGUAUACGUGCUAAUACAUGCCGACGAGCCUGACCUCCCCGGCGGCGGGAAGAGGAUCGAGACGUUCACCGUCGGCCCGGAUGUUACCAAUGGUGAGAAGUUACAGUGGAUCGUCGAGGGAGGGAAGUUCAAAGCUAGCUUUUUACUUCCGGAUAAUGCUAGCGGUAGUGAAAAGACCAGUGGCGGACUUUUGAUAUCAGAAACGGUGGUUCCGGGUUUCGAAUUCUGCGAUCAUGACUUCUUGAACACGGAAGAGUUUCGAAAGCUAGUUAGCCCCGAGAAGGCGGAAGAAUUGGCCUGGCUGGUGAGGAAAGCUUAGCUCUUAGCGACGGUUUAGAGACGAUGAGAUAGAUGUCAUCUCGAUCUAGCAGGAAAUGAAUUGUUGAGAAAUUAAGCAUGAUGAGUAUAACUUAUCAUCAUGACUUAUAUUCCGAACGAUUGUAGUUAAGCAUUGUGCCACGAGCCUCGACUCCUUUCCUACUAUUUUACUCUUCCUGGCUUAUAAAUUCUCGCCAUUUCUGACGUAUAUGAUAAUAACCAGUGCGUUACAAAACCAUGGUAUAAGUAGUCGCCCACAUUUAGAGACGUCGGGAGGGUUUGAUCACUACUUUUGAGAACUUUUAGGCGGCUACUUGAAGUUUAACAAAGUCUACAACAAGCAGAAGUAUAGACGU